AUGCCAUUUUUUUAUUCAACAGAAAAGCUGUCGUCAUGGUUUAAUCACUUGAGGCCAGGACUGAAAAAGGAUUCGUUUACUGCUGAAGAAGAACGCUUAAUCUUUGAGUACCACUUUCUGAAGGGAAGCAAGUGGGCUCAUAUGGCUGCAUUGUUGCCUGGACGUACGGAUAAUGAGAUAAAGAACUUUUGGUAUACAAGAUCUAAGAAACGGCAACGAGCAGGCUUAUCAAUCUAUCCUAACGAGAUAACAUCCAAAUAUUCGUUUAAUGGAAGUCAAGAAAGUGCCGACACAUUGGCAAAUGAAUCCGGCCAGAGUGAUGAAACAGAAAACUUCAACAUGGAUAUAACUGACUUGGACCUUAAAGAUUACAAAUUCUGCCCAGAUAUGUUGCCACCGUUUUUUGAUUCACAAGAUGCAUGGAUAAGGCACAGAUAUUUGAUCAGUAGCAGUAGUGCUUCUGUCCCGGAAGUAUUUGAUCAGUAUUGCCAAUAUCCUAUGUUGUCUACUCCAUUUGAUCCGAUUCUUGACACCAACCUUCUUCAUGGAUAUGAUAAUCCUAUACCUGGUUUUCAUGCCGCGUCAAAUAUCUCUUCUUCUGAGCCCAUAUAUGGGUCCAUGAGUUUUGAGCUCCCUUCAUUCCAAAGUUCACAGACUCAACAGUGUACCUGGAGCGGCAUGUAUGUGUCGCCACUUCCCUCAUUUGAGUCUGUUGACACGCCGGUUCAGGCUCCUCCGAUUGAGUCUUGUCUGUUCGUUCCAGUUCCAGUUCCAGUUCCAGAUUCUCCGGAUUGGAGUCAUUUAAUUGAUCCAAUAGUAUACUACAAUUCAGAUCAAAAUUUGAAAGGCACGAGUAUUGACUCAUUGCAAGCAUAUACUGAGAGCAUGGCUCCCAAUGAGGCAGACAUUAGUAAACAAUGGAACGGACUAGAUUAUGAUCAAUGCCCUGCUUUAAGUACUCGCCAAAUAAACAUCUCAAGAUGGUUCCACUCAGAAAUUGAAACCGCUCUGGAUGAUAUUUACGGUGGUGCGUUUAAUGAUCAGCUUCCGGCUUAUUCUUCUUUUGACAAAGAAGAUAAUUUGAAUCAGAAAGGUUUGGCGCUACCAAAUGUCGUGCUUGACUCUGGCUGACAUUGAGUAUAAAUGAUGAUCAAUGUAUUGUUGUAACUCGUGUAUUUGCUUGAUCAAAAAAUUUCGUUUUUCAUCUUAUGUA